AUGCGGUGGUGCCUUGCGUUACUUAUCUGUGCCCUUGUGGCUGCAGUAAACGCUCUUAGUAGCUCUGGAAGCCGCCUGCUGGUGGUGUUGGAUGAUACCACCGAGAAGAGCAGUUUCUCGACAUUGUGGUCGGAUCUUGAAGAACGAGGAUAUGACCUGUCUUUCGAGUCUCCCAAGAGUGAUCAGCUAUCCCUCUUCGCUCAUGGCGAGAGAGCUUAUGACCACCUUCUGAUCCUCCCUCCCAAGUCAAAGGGCCUCGGACCUGCACUGAGCCCCAAGAACAUUCUGGAUUUCCUGAACAAGGACGGCAACAUUGUCCUUGCUCUUUCUGGCAAAUCUUCCACCUCCAGCGCUAUUAGCUCCCUCCUCUUGGAAGUCGAUAUUCACCUCUCCAAUGAUCGCUCCGCCGUUGUCAUUGACCACUUCAACUACGAUACCCUGUCGGCCGCCGAGAAGCACGAUGUCCUCCUCCUCCAGCGCCCUGGUGCUCUACGUCCCGAUGUUAAGGCCUUCUUUGAUGGUGAGGGUGUGCUUGCACUCCCUCGUGUUGCUCCUCAGACCCUGGGUAGCGACAGCCAGCUUCUUGCGCCGAUUCUGAAAGCUCCUAGCACUGCUUACGCGUACAACCCUAAGGAGGAGAUGUCUUCGCCCGACGACAUUGAGUCGACCGGCUCCCAAUUGAAUGUGGUUUCGGCUGUUCAAGCCCGUAACUCCGCUCGCUUCACUAUUCUGGGUUCCGUCGAGGCUCUUGAGGACAAGUGGUUCUCCGCCUCUGUCAAGGCUCCUAAUGGCAAGAAGGUCCCCACUGUGAACCGUGAGUUUGCCAAGCAAUUGACUGCUUGGACCUUCAAGGAGACUGGUGUUCUGAAGGUUGGAAAGAUUGAGCACCACCUGGCUACUGAUGGUGAGGUGGCUGCGGAGGAUCUGAACCCCAAGAUCUACCGUAUCAAGAAUGAGACCGUUUUCAACAUUGAGGUCUCUGAGUACGUUUAUGACAAGUGGGUUCCCUUCGAGGUCCCCGGUGAUGAUGAGCUCCAACUGGAAUUCACCAUGCUCUCGCCUUUCCACCGCCUGGCUCUCCAGCCCACCAGCCGUACCGAGACUAGCGCUGUGUACAGCACCCAGUUUAUCACUCCAGACCAGCAUGGCAUCUUCUCUUUCCGUGUGAACUACAAGCGUCCGUUCUUCACUAACAUUGAGGAGAAGCAUGAGGUGACCGUGCGUCACUUUGCGCACGACGAAUACCCACGCAGCUGGGCCAUCAGCGGCGGCUGGGUGUGGAUUGCUGGCCUUUGGUCAGUCAUUGGCGGUUUCCUAGCCUUCGUCAUUGUCUGGCUUUACUCAGCUCCUACAGCCAACAAGGUCAAGAAGACCCAGUAA